CCCGCCCCUAAAUGAAGCACUCUUGGAGGAUAUGCGCUUUGCAGCAAAGUCCCCUCCUUCACUCCACACACGCUUCUAAUCCUCGGCACAUCUCCUCACAUCGCUACUAACUACACUUUAUUCAUCCUCCGUGUCAGGAUAAACUCGACUCGUCUUUGUAAAUUAUUAGGCCCGCUUAGCUUGCUAGUUGUUUUAGCGCUAGUUAGCUUAACGUGCUCGUUGUGCUCGUGAGUUUAGCUUGCAAAGAGACCCGGAUUUGAUCAAAACACAUCGCUAAGCAGAGAUCAAGUGUGAGUGUAAAGUGUUGUGAUUGUGUGAAAAUGUGCGAAAGAACGAUAGCAGAGUACAAAGAGGAACUUUCUCGGACAAAUGAGGAGAACAACAGACUACGUCAACUACUGGACGCUGUUUUCAAUCAAGUUGUGUUACACAGAACAGACAUCUGUGGAGAAAAUUAUCUCCCUGAGCAGCAGGAGUGUACCUUCACGGAGGCCACACAAACACCCUACAUUGAAGAGGAGGAGCCAUACCCCCCGCAUAUUAAAGAGGAGAAGGACCCACAGUGGCCUCCAUUUAAAGAAAGCAAGGCACCACCGUCCCCCCAAAUUAAAAAGGAAGAGGAACAGCCCCCCCAAUAUAUAGAGGAAGAGAAGCAACAACAUUCUCACCUCAAAACAGAAGAUGAGGAGCCACAGUCUCCUCAAUCUGUAGCGGAAGAGCAACAGCCCCCUCACUUUAAAACAGAAGAAGAGGAGCCAAAGUCAACCCAAAUUAAAGCAAAUGAGUCACAGUCCCCUCACAUUGAGGAAGUUGAAGUGCCAAAGUCCCCCCAAAUUAAGGAGGAAGAUGAGUAUCCACAGCCUCCUCAAUUUGUAGAGGAAGAGCAACAAUCCCCUCAUUAUAAAAGAGAAGAGCCACAUACCCCUCAAAUUAAAGUUGAGUCACAAUCCCCUCACAUUGAGGAAUAUUGGGCGCCACAGUCCUCAAAAAGGAAGAGGUGCCACAGCCCCCACACAUUAAAAAAGAAGAGAAUGAGCCACUGCACCAGUAUGGUAAAGAGAGAGGCGGAGCCUCCAAGCAGCAGCUCAACUCAACACAUGACAACAGAAGCUGAUGGAGACCACUGUGGAGGAUCACAAGCAGACAAGAUCUUAGCUCCACUAUCAGAUAGUGACGACACAACGUCUCACUCUCCUGACACUGAUGAUGAAGAAGAUUCUGAAGAUGAUAAGACAUGUCACACUGACAACACACGCUUUACAUGUUCUCACUGUAACAAAACUUUUAAUUGGCGUAGUAAUCUGAGAGUACACAGGAGAACACACACUGGAGAAAAACCCUUUUUCUGUUCAGUCUGUGGUAAAGGUUUUGCACAAAAUAUUCAUCUGAAAAGACACGUAGGAGUGCACACUAGAGAAAAUACAUUUUCUUGUUCAGUCUGUGGUAAAGAUUUUGCAAAAAAAGGUGAUCUGAAAAGACACACAAGAAUCCACCCUGGAGAAAACCCCUUUUCCUGCACAGACUGUGGCAAAAGUUUUGUGGGACAAAGUGAUCUGAAAAGACACACAAAUAUCCACAAUGGAGAAAAACCCUUUUCCUGCGCAGACUGUGGCAAAAGUUUUGCGGGAAAAGGUGAUCUGAAAAGACACACAAAAAUCCACACAGGAGAAAAACCCUUUUCCUGCACAGACUGUGGUAAAAGUUUUGGGGGGAAAAGUGUUCUGAAAUUACAUACAAGAAUGCACACUGGUGAAAAACCCUUUACCUGCACAGACUGUGGCAAAAGUUUUGCGGGAAAAGGUGGUCUGAAAAGACACACACAAAUCCACACUGGAGAAAAACCCUUUCCCUGCACAGACUGUGGUAAAAGUUUUGCGGGAAAAAGUGCUCUGAAAUUACACACAAGAAUGCACACUGGUGAAAAACCAUAUUCCUGUUCAGUCUGUGGUAAAGGUUUUGCACAAAAUAGUCAUCUGAAAAGACAUAUAAGAAUGCACACUGGAUAAAAAAAAAACAUUUUCCUGUCCAGUCUGUAGUAAAGGUUUAAUACAAAGUAAGACUCUUAAAAGUACACUGUAGACAAACCAUUCACCUAGAAGGCAUUAUUGAUAAUGCAGAGCAGAAAGCACACUGGUGAAAAUCCUUUUAUCAGCUCAGUCGGCUUUAAAGGUUUCAUAGACAGUUUAACUUUGAAAAGACACAUGAAAACACACGCACACGCACACACUCACUCAAGAGAAUCCAUUUAGUUGCAGUGUUUGUGAAGAAAAAUUCCCUAAUAAGUAGCAGUGUAAGACACACAAGUGUACGGGUGCGAAGAGCAGCAGCAAAUGAAGACGCAGGAUGUUUUGUCAUUGUUCUGUGUGUUACAAACUUGACAAAUUGCUUCUGACUUUUAUGUUCCAACACAUUUACCCUUGCAUGCUAAGAGCAUUUUAGAACUGUUAGCGAUCUACAGCUUUAAUUUUUGUUUGGUAAAUGACAGACCAUGAGAGAUUAUCAUCACACUUCAACAUCUCUAACAUGUAAAUGCUGCCCCUUUCCUAGAUCAGCAUUGUAAAUGUAAAUGUGUUCUAAAUUGUUUUACCCCGGAUAAAUAAAUGUUAAAUAAAUACAUGUAAACUAGGAAGUAAAUAUUUAUAUACUACAUUACCCAGGAAGGUUAGUGCUCUAGACAGGAACAGGAAGUGGGUUUGAGUUAUGUUGGAGGACAACAUUUGUGCUGUUUGAUCAAUAAAGAGUUGAUAUAUUGUUACAUGUGGUUGUUUUUG